AUGAAGAUUGAUGAAAAGGUUGUCAGUUAUUUUGGGUUGUGCAACUCACCGGUGGACAAAGAGGGUUACCUUUCCAAAAAGGGUGAACUGAAGACUUCUUAUCAGAAGCGCUGGUUCGUGCUGAAGGGGAACCUCCUUUUCUACAAGGACCGGCAGGCAGACCGGGACCUGAUUGGAGUGAUUGUUCUGGAGGGCUGCACCGUCCAGCUGUGCGAGUCGGAGGAGAAUUUCGCCUUCUCUCUGGUGUGGAGCGAGCCGGGGCUGCGCACGUACAAGUUUGCCGCGGAGGACCAGGUCAGUCAGGAGAGCUGGAUCAAGGCCCUGCUGUCGGCCAGCCACAGCUACCUGGCCCUGCUGCUGCUGGACAUGGAGAAGAAGUACAGAGGUGAGAGUCCGAGUGACCUUAUCUCUGCGGGGGGGGGGAUGACAGCGACCUUUGUUCUGGAGAGCAGCUGUGAGAGGCGUUGCAUCACCGCAUCCAGCCUCCACAACACACACCACGUACGCUGUGAUGCGUUUGAUGGAUUUUCCAGCGAACGGGGCAAAAGCUUCACAAUGCCAAACUUCAGCACGACUGCGGCGGACCAGCCGGGGGCCUGCCUGAGCCAGCGCACCUCAGCCCUGUCUCUGUACAUGUCACAGGCAGCCGGGGCCCGACCCAGCCAGCUGCUUCAGCCUCAGGCCGUUCCAUCCUCCAGAGCCGCCAGCAAGAAAUCCCCAAAGCUGUGGCCCAAGAGGAGCGCAAACACGGUGCCCGCCAGCGGCGCCGCCCUGCCCACCAUGGAGUGGUCCGGCUUCCGCUUAGGCACACAGGAGGAUUUUAGUAAACUCCAUGAGGAUUUUGGAAAGGAGGUAAAGGAUCUGAUUGUCGAUUGGUCAAGAAGGGGACGUGCUGGUGAAGUUGUUCAGAGAGACAACUUGAUAGAUUUUUGA